AUGGCGCGCAACUGUACUUUCAUGGGGGGUGGGAUCCCACUGUCAUCGGAGUUCUUUAAAGUGAUCAAAAAUGAUCUUUGGCUGUUCCUCCUUCCUGCUGUGUUUGCUGUGUUGCUGCUUGCUCUUUUCUUGGAGGAGAUCGGCUUCUUUGUGCGUCACGUUUCUUCUCCACAGCGCAGACGUCUCAGCCUGUGGAUCCUGGGAAUAUACCCAGUCUUUGGGAUGACAUCUAUCGUUUCGUUGUACGUUCCACGCUCCUCAUCUCUAUGCAAUUUCAUUGCUUCUCUAUAUCACUCCAUUACGUUGUUGAAGUUCAUGGGUCUAAUCCAGGACUUCUUCGGAGGCAAGGCCCGCAUGCUGGCGGUACUAGCAGGGGAGCACGUGUCUCCAAACCCCUUUCCCUGUUGCUGCUGCUGCUGCCUUCCACUCUUCAAUAUCAACAGGACCAGUGUGCGCUGGAUGAUGACUGCGGUACUUCAGCUGUCCGUGGUCAGAACACUCCUGUUUUUCCUUACUCUUGUUCUCUGGACAGAUGAACAGUAUGAUUAUGGGGAUGUGGAUUCAGUCAACCCCAACAUAUAUAUCAAUGCCAUCAUUGCUGUUUCUACAUUUCUAUCUUUCUAUGGCUACCUGCUGUUUUACGAAGCCACCAAAAGGGCGUUGCCUGGAUACAGCAUUCGAGCCAAAUUUAUUUGCAUCAUUGUUAUCCUGGUCCUCUGUGGAUUACAGAGUGGAAUUUUGGAGACUAUGGGUGCACUAAACAUUAUUCCCUGCUCACCUCCAUUCUCUGACCUCUUUCGCUCUCAGUUAAUUUACCACUAUUCCGUUAUCGUGGAGAUGUUCUGCAUCAGCCUCUUUGCACAUCACUCAUUCCGGAAAGUUGAACCGUGUCAUGAGGAGAGUGAUGAAAUAGAAGAUGAUGUCAUUAGAGUUCUCAGUGAGAAAGCGAUUCAGACAGAAGAACAGCUAUCAUGUGCUGUGCAGCUGUCCUGUCAGGAGGAUGAGACGUGCCAUUCUAACAUUGGGUACAACAGUGACAGUGAAGACAGUCUCUGUAAAAUUGAGCAUGCCCCACUCGACUACUUCCCAUUUUCCUUCCCCUUACAACACACACCACAAACUGAAGCCAAUACUGAUAAAGUACAUACUAAACCACCUGAAGACUCCACAAGAAUGGAGUUGCCAACCAUAACUGUGAGGGCUGAGAUUAACCAUCUCGACAAUGUUGAUGUUACUGUUGUAUAG